GGCCGAGAGAGUGGAGCUGGGGACAGAGCCCGCGGUGUCUGCAUAGGCCGGGGAUGCCUGACUCCUCCUCGUGGACACCGCCUCCUACGCCCCGAUCUGAGGGCCUGCGUGAUCCGGUCGCCAGGCGCCAUAGCCUGAGCCUGCAGCACCCAAGCUUGAGUCCCCGCGCUAAGUGCCAGAGUAGCCCGGGGCAGCGAGGGUUCCCUGGCGGGCGGAACAGGCUCUGUGAUGUCAGUGCCGAUGCACGGGUCACAAUGCAGCCCUCCCCCUCCACCACCCGGCCUGGGCGAGCAGCCGACACCUGCCCGGCUCCGCCUGGACCGGAGCGACCUCCGGUGGCCAAGGCUCCGGCAACCGCUUCCAGCCUGGGACCGGCCUCGGCCUCCGGCAGGUGUGCAGCGACCCCGGGGACAGGCCCAGGCAGAGGGCGCCCGGCCGCCCGAGAGCGGCCUGACGGCCACUCCCCGCACAGAGUGCCCCGGGGCCUGGACAUGUGUGCCCAGGAGCCCCCGCAGGGUCGAAGAUUCCCCAUUGAGGCCGGAGACUCUCCUGGCCUUGCCGCCGCCCCCGAGUCCCAGGAUAACCCGGAGCCGGUAGCUACUGAGCACAACCCCGUCAGGCCGCUGCGACGCUGCCCCGGCUGCCACUGCCUGACGCUGCUGCACGUGCCUAUCGACGUCUACCUGGCCAUGGGCGGGAGCCCGCGGGCCCGCGACACCUGAGCACCUCUGUGCACAAAGGCUCCGCGGGAGCCGGGCGGGACGAGGCCCCACGCGCCGAGCACGCGACAAUGAUGCACAUUUUAAAAUAAAAGAAUGAUGCACAUUUUAAUAAAGUACAGCAUAAACUGUUCUUUCCA